GCGGGGCCGGAACGCAGCAGGGCUGGGAAUGGAGCGGGGCCGGGGAGCAGCGGGGCCGGCGGGGGAAGCUGCGGAGCGGAUCGGGGAGAAGCGGAUCCGAGAGCAGCGGAUGGGGGAGCAGCGGAUGGGGGAGCAGCGGAUCGGAGAGCAGAGCAUGGGGGAGCAGAGGAUGGGGGAGCAGCGGAUCGGAGAGCAGAGGAUCGGGGAGCAGAGCCUGGGGGAGCAGCGGAUCGGAGAGCAGAGGAUCGGGGAGCAGCGGAUCGGGGCGCUGCCGCCGGCGGAGGCGGCGGUCGCGGGCACAGCGACAGCCCCGCAGCGGCCGCCCCUGUGCCCAUCGCCGGGCCAUCACCCUUCCUGUGUGAAAUCUGGGCUGCUCGGUGCCCUUGUGCCACCCUCGCUCCAGGAACGGCUGGAAACAGCAGCCAGCCCUGGGCACGGCGCUGGGGAUCUCCGCGGUGCCCAUCCUCGGUGCCAUCCUCGGUGCCCAUCCGCGGUGCCCGCGCAGCCACACAGGAUAUUCUGCAUUUCUGCACAUGAAGGGGGUCGGGCGCGGGGAGGGCUGCCCGGGGAGCUGGCGGAGUCUCCGUGCCCGGAGGUGUUCAGGGAAUGCACUCGGUGCCGUGCUCCGGUGGACGUGGUGGUGGUGUGUCACUCGGCGAUCUCAGAGGGCUUUUCCAACCUAACCGAUCCUGUGAUUUGUUUCAGCCGCUCCUGGGAAUGGCUGUUUGCUUUUUAAAGACUCAUUUGUUUACUGAAAUAAACCUGGGAAGUACAACUCUGUUCAUUUCAGUCCUCAUUCCAAAAGCAGCCCUUUGGACAAAUCUGCCCCGGUGGUGCCCCUUUGAGGGAGAAGUGGGCUGGAGGAAUGAGAGGAGCAGCAGGGAAGCUGGAGGAAACCAGACGUGACAAGUGCUGAAGCAGAACUUCUCAGCUUUGUGGUGGCUUCUCGCCAGAUGAGAUCACAGCUCCUGUGGAAUCCUGUCUGCUUUUAUUUCCUUAAUAUUUGACUUUUUGCUUGCUCAGGAAGCAGGAAUUGCUGAUCUUCAGCCACUUGCUUUGAGCACUGUCUCCAUCUGACACAACAGCAGAAACAGAGGCACAGGGGGUGGCUGACAGGGGCCAGUGUUUGUGGCCUGCAUGGGAUCCCUCUGACUGACUGGGGAUGGAGCCUGGAUUAGCCAGAGAUUAGCUGGAUUUUCCAGCUCCCAUCCUUGUGAGUUUAUGCUAAGACUAUCAAAAGGAAGGUGGGAGGGGGAAUGGCUUGGCAUGCCUGCUUUCUUGUGGUCAGCAUUCAGCACUGCAGAUUGGCUCUGGGGUCUGCCGGGGAUGAGCAUCCACCUCCUGACAACUGCGUCCCUUUGGAAUGUCUGGAGUUAAAGAUUUCCAUCCUUUGGACUCCCAGCACGGACUGUGGGGCUGGAACAGACUCUGGAUGUGCUUUCUGCUGGGAGGCUGAGGGCUGCAGCAGCACAGGGGAUCCUGUUGCUGUACCCAGCCGGGCAGGGCAGAGCCCAAGCCCCCUGUGCCCCAAAACAUGUCCCUGCUGCAGGCAGGCUGUGCCUGCGGGCUCUGAGGGACACCAAGCAGCAGAGAGGAACAAUGAGUGCCUCUGAGAGCAGCCACAAAGCCAAAGCAGCCCAGUGUGCUGCAGGACAGAGGGGCUGUGACAAAGCAGCCUCACCAGGGAGAAACCCUGCCAAGGCUGCCCAGGGCACAAUCAACAAACCCUCCCCAGCUGGAAGAUGGGGUGGAAAAGGGGGUAAA